GUGCCAUCCUUCGGAAAGGAGACAUUACAGACAACGUUGGUUACUCCACAGUUUGAACAAAACGUGGAUUACGUGGACUUCAUUCAUUUAAACAUUUUAGAAAAGAAAGUUCUCAACAAUUCUGAGGUUUUGGUUCAGUAUUUGUGUUCUAAGCCUUGUAUUGUCAACUUGGAAGCAGUAGCUUCCUCCGAAUUCAGGAGUGGUGUACCAGUGUAUAGAAGGAGAUGGAAGGAUGAGAAAAAUCUUUACGUUAGCAGAACUCGACAAGUACAUUUGAAAUUUCCAAGCAUCAUGGUUUACAGAGAUGAUUAUAUCAUCAGAAACUCAAUAAUAGUGCACAGUGUGAUAUUAUAUGCAUGGAUUAGUCACAAAUCAGUUAGCAGCUAUGAUGUUGAGCAGAAUGGAGACUACCAGGAUGCAGUUGCCAAGAAUUACACUUUUUUAGAAGCAGUUCCACCAUUUGAACGCCCAUAUAAGGACCACAAAGUUUGUCUUCAGUGGGGUGCUGACUAUUUGUGGAUGCUCCAGGCAAACAGGAUACCUCAGUGCCCUCAUGAAAGUGAUGGUGUCCAGAUGCUCAACUUUAUAUAUGCUUCCAGUGGGGAGAAGACAGGAAUUGUGAAGAAAUUUGAACGAUUUGAAAACAGAGAACUUGAGACAGUCAGACAACAUCAGAUUGAUUAUCCCAUGUUCACCGUUUCAAUCUGGCUAUAUUUACUGCAUCACUGUGAAAAGGAUCUGUGUGGUAUUCUCUAUUUUAUUGAUCCGAAAGAAAUGUAUAGUACUCCUGCUGUAUUUCUAAAUGAGGAAGGUUAUGUGCAUAUUCAGAUGCACCUCAUGAGAGGAGAUGACCUUGCAGUGAAAACUAGCUUCAGCCUUCCUCUGAAGCAGUGGUUUCGACUGGAUCUCUCUUUUAAGGGUGGACAGAUAGAAGUAAGCAGUGUUGGGAAGAAUUUGAAAAGACAUCACCGUCAGUCUUUUACUUUUAGGGAAGAUUUCUAUUAUGAUGACACUGCUGGAUACUUUGUUCUUGGAGGCAGUGGAUAUGUAAAUGGUAUUGAAGCAUUCUUUGGACCUGUGAAAUACUAUCGUCUCAAUGUGUUGGAAACAGAACAGAUUUCUAACCCUCUUCAUGACAAAGAAACAGUGGAACAGAUUGAACUCUACUACAAGAGAUGUAUGGACAUUCAAGAAAUAGUUUAUGAGUACAGAUACAUUGUAAGGCAAGGUGAAAAAGCGCAAAAGAAUUGUUACUGUGAAAACUAUUACUUGGAGCUGAUUCACAAAUAUGGAGAAAAAUCCAAAUGUGAUGCCUUCAUGUGGGGAAGAGAGCUCAGAGAAGAGUACCACACUUUGUUCAAACUGUUACAAGAGAUGGAUUUCAGUGCUCCAGAUGAAGACGGAAGUGAUACAGUUCUAGAAGUUGGCUGGAGGAUAUUUGAGAAGGUUGCAAAGGGUCUGUCCAGCGCUGAUGGCCUCAGCAAUAUGGGCUCCUCUGUCCCUCUCUUGGUGGAUUCCAGUUGUUGUGGAUACCAUAAGGCUUCCUAUUUCCUUGCAGUUAUAUUUGAAACGGGGCUUGGUGUGUCUGUGGAUCGUACAAAGGGACUGCUGUAUAGUUUGGUUGGCGCUCAGGGAAAUGAGAGACUUGCUGUGAUGAAUCUUGGCUAUAAACAUUAUCAAGGCAUUGAUAACUAUCCACUUGAUUUGGAGCUGUCAUAUGCUUAUUACAGUAAUAUUGCAAUAAAGACAUCGUUGGAUCAACACACUAUAAAAGGAGAACAGGCAUUUGUUGAAACUAUAAGGCUGAUGGAUGAUGAACUGCUAAAAGCUCAAACAAAAGAAAAUGGUGAUGUCUUUAUGUGGUUAAAACAUGAAGCAACAAGAGGAAAUGCAGCUGCACAGCAACGAUUGGCUCAGAUGCUGUUUUGGGGCCAACAAGGAGUGGCAAAAAAUCCUGAAGCUGCAGUAGAAUGGUAUGCAAAGGGUGCAAUAGAAACAGAAGAUCCAGUGUUAAUAUAUGAUUAUGCCAUUGUGUUAUUUAAGGGCCAAGGUGUGAAAAAGAAUACAAAACUUGCUUUGGAAUUGAUGAAGAAAGCAGCAGCCAAGGGUUUGCCCCAGGCAGUCAAUGGAUUGGGAUGGUAUUACCACAAUUUUAAAAGAGACUACAGAAAAGCAGCCAAACACUGGUUAAUUGCUGAAGAAUUGGGAAAUCCAGAUGCAUCGUACAACCUUGGUGUCCUUUAUUUAGAUGGGAUUUACCCUGGAGUACCUGGUAGAAAUCAAACAGUUGCUGCACGCUAUUUCUAUAAAGCUGCCCAAGGAGGACACAUAGAAGGGACUUUACGAUGUUCUCUGUACUACAUCACAGGAAAUAUGGAAGAGUUCCCUAGAGAUCCAGAAAAAGCUGUAAUCUGGGCAAAACACAUUGCAGAGAAGAAUGGCUACUUAGGUCAUGUCAUCAGAAAAGCUCUCAAUGCCUAUCUGGAACUUUCAUGGCAUGAAGCUUUGCUGCAUUAUGUUUUAGCAGCUGAAACUGGGAUUGAAGUGUCACAGUCAAAUUUAGCACACAUCUGUGAAGAAAGACCAGACCUAGCAAUGAAGUACCUAGCAACUGAUUGUGUUUGGAGAUACUACAAUUUCUCUGUUUCCCAAGUCAAUGCACCCUCAUUUGCUUAUCUGAAGAUGGGUGAUUUCUACUACUAUGGUUACCAGAACCAGUCUAAAGACCUUGAGCUCUCAAUGCGGAUGUAUGCACAAGCUGCAUUAGAGGGAGAUUCACAGGGUUUCUUUAAUUUGGCCCUUGUCAUAGAAGAGGGCAACUCCAUACCUUCCUACAUACUGGAUCACUUGGAAAUUGAUCAGGCAUUGCAUUCUAGUAAUACUUCACUUCUUCAGGAACUUUAUUACAGGUGCUGGAAUAAUAGUAAUCAAGAAUCAAUUAGUCCAUGCUCAUUAGCAUUGCUUUAUUUUUACAUGAGAGUUUUCUGGAACAAUAUUUUACAAUCUACUCUGAUCUACUUCAUGGGGACCUUUCUUUUAUCGAUUCUGGCUGCAUUUGCAGUGCAGUAUUUUCAGUCUUUAUCUGCCCAUAAUUCUCCUGGAACAAGACCAGAACCAUCAUCAGAUGAACCUUCUUCUUCAGGGAAUAGCAAUGAGGAUGCUACCAGACUAGUACAGCAAGAUGAAUCUACUUUUUCAAACGAUUUAGCACAGCAGGAUUCAAACCCUCAGAAUCCUCUUGUUACAAGCUGAAGUGUAGUUUUCUUAAGGUUGACAUCCCAUCGGGAAGAUGGGAUAUGAACAACUACAAAUCUAAGAACUGGCAACCAACCCUUAUUAGUGGCAUUCAUAAUGCAGUCCAACAACCAGAAU